UGGCGCAGUGUGUUUUGUUUGGUAUUUCUGAUAAGACGAGUCAGCUGUCAAUCCGCGAAGAAAAAUUCAUUAUUUUUGAGAUAGUCGAUGUGCGAGUGUCGUUCUUGAACUUGAACUGAGACUGUCUUAUCGGACUCGUAACUUGGUCAAAUUGUCUCACUUUUACUUUCACUCGGAAUCCCGUGAUAAUCUCUGCAGCGUGACGAUGGCUACUCUUCCGCCUCGGAAAAAUCCUACUCCCACGAAAAUCUCCAAGCAACAUCUUUCGCCCCUCCAGAUUCUCCUGCAGAUGGGCUUUCCCAAGCACAGAGCGGAAAAGGCUCUUGCGGCAACUGGGAAUAGGGAUGUCCAGCUGGCAUCUGACUGGCUCCUGACCCACGUCAAUGAUCCCUCCCUGGACGAAUGUUCGCCCAGGGAGUACAUCCUCUAUGCCUGUCCCACAGGGCACUUCCUGGAGCAAUUGCACGAUUUCUGGGCAAAGUCCAAAGAGCUCUGCGGCUGGAAUGGGGCUCACAACUUCACUCCCCACAUCACCCUCGUCUCAUUCUUCAAAGCCCCAGAUGAGUGCGCGCCGCAGCUUUCUCGUGCCCUGAAGCAAGUUGUGGAACAGGCAGCUGCCAAUUUGGAUCGUCCCCUAAAGCUAGAACUCUAUACAAGUCACAAUUUUAUGGGAUUCUUUGUGGCCGAAGAAGAUGCCAACUACCUCAACCGUCUGGCACUGCAGUACGUAAAGGAAGUGUCCAAUUCAAUUAUCAGUGACACGUACGAGCAGCUGGACGCACUGGUGGCGUGUUUUCCGUGGUGUGGCGGAGUCACAUCCGGGGCACGGUGCAUCCCGCGCAGCAGUCGAUCAAUUUCUUUGGAGCCUCAUGUGAAGUCUCUGCACUUGACACUGGCUUAUCAAUUCCCGGAAGCUCAGUUCAAUGCUCUCAAAGGACUUGUGGAUAACCUGGAUCCAUCUCUUGCCUCAGGAUGGGAACUAAGGCUGUACUCAAGGGAUGCAAGGCUCGCGACGAAGCAGGUCAACAAGAUCCUCUACCCUCACACUCCUCGUGAACCAGACGAGCUGGAAUUGAUGAUAGGGGAUUACAUCUAUCUGAGCAGUGAUGCUCUGCAGAACAGUUCAGACGGUUGGGUCGAAGGUAUUUCCUGGUUAACUGGGAUGAAUGGCUUCCUCCCGGAAAAUUACACAGAACGCACUGCUGAAUCCGAUGCCUGGACAAUGCAUCGGACAGUGCAACUGUGCAAGUGUCCAGCUGUCGUGGACGUUGCCAUGGACGAUGGCGAGGCGUCCAACGGCAAGAUCCCGGAUCAGCAGGACAAUUCGUCCGAGAGCACAGCUCCAAUUGAGGAAGUUUCUGGGACAAAGGAGGACAGUCUGCCUGACCUCUACGGGGCGGAUGGGUCAAAGACAUUCCAACAGUUGGUCAACAAUCCCAGCCAUGUGUCCAUUCUGUCAGAGACUGUGGACAAGAGUGCCAAAAAGCCAGAAGUAAAUGGGAGAGGUCGACGGAUUUUUGUGAUGAGACACGGUGAAAGAGUGGACUUUACGUUCGGUUCCUGGAUACCCUACUGCUUCGAUGAGCUUGGAAAUUACACGCGGAGGGAUCUCAAUAUGCCCAAAACACUGCCAAGGCGGAAGAAUGUGAUUCUGGGAUGGCAAAAGGAUUCCCCGUUGACAAAUGUUGGAGUGUAUCAAGCAAAGUUGAUUGGGGAAGGUCUUAGGGAAGCCGGGGUCAAUUUUACCGAAGUCUACGCUUCACCUUCGUACAGAUGCAUCCAGACGGCUACGGGAGUCCUCGAAGGGAUGAAUCUCAGGGAUUCCCAGCCAAUUAAUCUCGAACCGGGCUUCUUCGAAUGGCUUGCUUGGCAUGCUCAUUCUGGAGAAAACGUCGUGGAAUGGUGCUCCCGGCAGGAACUCACAGACGCCGGCUACAACAUUGCCCCGGACUACCAAGCUCAUAUCCCAAUGGACCAGUUGCACAAUCACUACACGGAGACUCUGGAAGAAUUCUACGGACGCAAUGACUCAAUCACCAGGGAGAUAGUUAAGAAGACGUCAGGAGACAUCCUGAUUGUAGGACAUGCCAUAACUCUGGAUGCCUGCACGAGAGAUCUUUGCGGAAAGAAACCGAGAAUGUCGACGGGGCUCGCCAAACUCAUGCAGAAAGUCUUCUACUGCAGCCUGAUUGUGGCUGAACAGGUGGGAGAGACUGAGUGGAAGGUGACAGAACCGCCCUGCUAUCCAGUUACUCAUACCAAUAACCAACGCUUCGACUGGAAAACCCUUUCCGGAUAAAUACAUUCCUGCCUGAUAUUUCGUCUCAAAGAUUCUGCCCUCGUAACAUAAGUUCAGCAUUACAAAAAAAAUGGGAGGUUCAAUUAGCAAAUGACGGAAGCAAUCAAGUGAAAUUUUCAUUCGAUAUUCUAGUCAGUGAGUCCACAGGAAAUAACAGCACAACAAAAGCAGGUUUGAAAUUUUCUUUGGAAAUUAUUCCGGAAGAAAUAUGCAUUUAUCACUAUUUUUUUAUUUAAAGAAUAUUCCACACUGAAAAUUCUUUUUGCAAAAUAUUAAAUACGAAUUCUAAUUUAAAAAAAA